GGCCAUUCGAGAACGAGGCGCUGCAGAACUGGAAUGACAGACAACAUAGACGUAAAAGCCCUAGAAUAGGGCUGCUAAUCAUGUUUACUGUUUAGUUUUUAUGGAUUGAUAUCUUUCUCACGUACUACAACAUGUGACACAUUUAAGUGACAUCGCCUUUCCUAGGUCCUAGGAGCUAAUUGGGAUUCAUAGAGGCCAUAAAAACAAUAAUUUUAUUUUUAUUCUUUGGACCUGUGAUUAUUGUGAAUAAAGUAUGAGUUCAGUAGCAGACAAACAGGUAGUGACGGAAUAAGCAAUUGAACAGGUUAUUAGCGAAAGUUCCGCUGCAUCCCAACUUAGUCAGUAGAACGUAGUAUAUUGCUGUAAAUUAAUCAGAGUUUAUUUUUAGAACACCCGAUAGUGAUGCUCAAUACUGCGAACAGAUUUUAACACCUUCCCUUCAACUUUGUCUUUGAUGGAAAAUUUUUUUACACUAGCUUAAAACUCCCAAGUUAUUCCCCAAGCACCCUUCAACCUUUUUAAGUUUAAGCCUUUACAACAAAGGAAAAUAUAAUCAAAACAAAGAAAAUGGCGGAAGUUGACCCAGAGACUCUUUUGGAAUGGCUCCAAAUGGGCCAAGGAGAUGAAAGAGACAUGCAACUAAUUGCGUUAGAGCAAUUAUGCAUGCUUCUUCUUAUGUCAGACAAUGUGGACAGAUGUUUUGAAAGGUAUGUAUCUAAUUCUACCUAUUCAUUUCGCCAUUAUGGGAUAAAGCUAGAGAGUAAAUUAAAAAAAAAAAGGUAGACAUCAUAAUCAUAAGGAUAAGGCAUUAAGGAAGAGAUUUAAGAGAAAGUUUAAGUUAACUAAGUAAACUAACUUAUUAACCUAACUAUCCUGAAUAGUUUCUAAAUUAAAAGACUAAUUAGUUUAAAGUCAAGUUAAGCCUAAGGCAAUGCUUCAUGAUUAAUUAAAUCAAAAUAAUUUAAUAUAGUAUCUAGGGGAACUGAGUGGGCGUAUUUUAAUAAUAAAGUCAAACAUUGAAGGAAAGAGUUAAAAAACUUAUUUUACUUUGGCCUAGAAAUGCCUAAUUCAAUCCAAAGAAAUAAGGCAGGCAUUGUUGUAGAGUUGAAAUCUAUUAGGUCCUUCCAUAUGGACCCGGAAAUUCCAGAAAAACGGCAAUCGUAAUUUCAUUGUCAAAAUGGCGACCUCCACUUUUUAAUUUACAGAGGGUAUUGUUGUUUCAUCUUUCAUAGUCGAUUAUUAAUAAUAAUAAAUUAUACAUCCGCCAAUUACUUAAAGCCGACAUCUUGCUUGUUCUAUUGAGAAUUCAUUUGAUUUUUUUUUUUGAGGUUAAAGUUAAAGCUUUGAAAUUUGAAGUUGAAAAUAGGUGAACUUCACUGAUCAAAAACUUUUUUUUCUCAAAAGCUCUCAUUUAUUAUAAUAAAAUAUAAUCUAGUUUAUAAAAUAAGGUAAUUUAUAACAUAUCCAAAAUUCAUGAGUGUAGACCAUAAGCAGGCUUCAAAAACUAAAGUCUAAGGCUAAGGAGUCACUUUUUUGGCUAUGUAAUUUGUCAUCAUGGCCACCCUGUGUCACUGCAUGUUACCAAUUAUCGAUAGCUGCCAUGGGAUACUUGAUAAUACUAUAACUAUAGGCCUAGUAUAGACAUAGCUUAUACAAAAUAUACUAUAUUAUAGUAUAGUCUUUGACCCAACCCAAUUUAUUAUUUGUAGGGCCGGUUAUAACUAUAUAAUAAAUUUUAUGUAAUUAGAUCUGUAUUUUAGGCUAUGUAAUUAUAUUUAAAUGAAUAUUAUGAUGCUUAAGGCUUAAGGCAUAAACUAAGUAAAAAUUGUUAAAAUAUUCACUUACCUUUGGUUUUGAAAUAUCCUAUAUUUAAUCACAUUUCAUAAUAUUCCACAAGAGAAUUAUUAAAUAAUCCUCAAUAUUCUCAAAGAAAAAACGCACGCUUUCUGGCACGAUAAUUAAGAUACAACUAAAGAACAAUCAUACAAACUUAUACUUACCUCAAGCAAAUGACCAGAACUUAUUUUAAUUUCUAUCAACCACCGAAGUUGAUUCUAAAAAUGCUUGUUGAUUGUUGAAAAAAGAUUACUAACCUAAAAGAGAUGAAAUACUAAUUUUUUUGUCAUACUCUGACAUUCUUAUGAUAUGGGACUAAAAUACAUAAAUAGAAAAUGGUAAAAUAAAAAGUGAAACCGUCUAUUUUAACUAAUUGAAACAAAUAAUCCUUUAUUUAUUUGUUUAUACUUAGAAAUGUUAAACAAUUACGCUGAAAAUUUGAAAUUAAUAUCCAAAGAAUAUUAUUAUUAUUAUUAUUUUGAGGAAAUAAAAAAAAAAAAAUUUUUUUUUAAAUUAAUUAAUUAAUUAAUUACAAAUAAGUGACGAGUCAGCAUAUUUUAUAUAUUUUUAAUACGAAAUUUAUAAAGAUUUUGUUUUAAUUUUUGCUGAAUUUUAACAAAAACUAACUUAUAUUUUGUGAAUUUAUUUAGAAGUACUCUUAUUUAACUAUGUUCCCUGUAAAUAUUAUAUUUUUGUCUCUUUUUAUAAUAAAGUUAUAGUCGUUUUAAAAAAGGCACAAUGUGGGUCACAAAAUGUAGAGGAAAAUCCCAUAGUGAAAAAGUGGUUUUGAGGUCCCUACAAAAAAAUUCAUAACUUUUGAACCACUUGAGCUAGAAAGUUGAUCUUGGUGUUUUUGUAAUCUACUCUCCAGGCUCUAUACAGCUGUAGUAUUUUUAUAUUUUUAAAAAUGUUUUGAAAUUUUCAUGAAAUUACCUAAAUCUAUGUACUAUAUGUGUAAAAAUGCAUGUCUUGAAUAACAUUAGCUUGUCACUGAAAAACAAUUAUUUCAUUUUUUGCCAGCCACAUAGGAUGCCUGCAGAGACAGGGGAAAAAGGGGUUUGGUGUUCAAAUAUAUAAUAUGUGCGAGUGGGAGAUACAGAUAGGAAAUGUAUUUGUUUUUUUAAAAAUAGGGGUGGGGGUGUAAACAUAAUUUAAAAAUAAAGUUAACUACCUUUAUUGUUUUUAAUAUAUUAAAAUACAAAUUGUACGUUUCAUCCUACAAUUAUAAAUCUUAAGACUUACAAAAUUGAAAUUCAAUCUUCUUUAUGGCAACAUGACACCUAUUUUUUCUUCCCACUUAUUGGGGGGGGGGGGGGGGGGGAGCAUGAAAAACAUUUUAGGUGAUCAGCGGGACUUGGAGUAAAAAAAGAAAGUGUCUAUUGGUAGUUUACUAUUUGUAGUAAACUACCAAUAGGUUCUAGAGAGCUAUUGGUAGUCCAACCAAUGAAAUCAAACCGAAAUCAGAGCUUUAAAAACCCACUAUCAAUUCUGCUGGCGAAUUAUUGCCUCGUUCAUUUAUUACGAAUUCAUACUAGUGUCAACACCUUGGCACUAGUUAUAAAGUCUACAGUACUCUUUUAACACUGUCUGCUGUACCCUUCCUCGUGCUCAGAUUUGGCUAUAUUGCUAUAUAAUUAUAAUUUAUAAUAUAGACCUAACAUAGAUCAGGUAUGAUACUGGGGAGAGGGGAUCAUAGUCUGAAAAAAUGUUACCCAGCUUCUUCUUUGCCAAGGCCAAAGUAAUUAUUAUCAUUAUUAUAAGUGGUUUUAUAUAGCGUGGGCGUGGUACCACCAAGCUGUACAUACAAUUUAACCAACAAAAUAAUGAACUUAAAAAAUUUAAUUAACAUACACUAAUUAAAUAAAGCAAAACAAAUGUAUAUUUAAAACUAUUCACAUGUAUUGUAAAGCAAUGUUCGACACCCAGCAGCAUCGUUUUUCGGUCAGAGUUGGGAAUCAGUUAGGAUCGUAGAGUUUAAAAAGAUGUGUUUUGAGUGCAGUUUUGAAGGCUGUGCAAUAAAAAAAAAUCCAACAUAGGCCUACAUACUUUAGAGUGAUUUCAGGGAUGUAAUUAAAAGUAAAUUGUGACUACCAAUAUCAUUAGACUUAGUCAAUACUGCACUAAUCAAUCUAUCACUAUCACUUUUAUAGUUUACUACCAAUAGCCUCAGCCUAAAAAAAAUAUAUGCUUAGCAAGCACUGCUAUAGGCAUGUUAAAACUGUCAUGUCUCCCACCCAAGGCCCAAUUUGUUUUUCGCCAGUGCAGCUGUUUGGUUCAGCCCGAUAAAUAAUUACAUCACAGGCACAGAAUCACAUACUUGGGACUUAAAGUUUUUCCUAAUUCUAAGUUAACAAUUACCAGACCUGUUUACCCUUGAGCUAGUGUCAGAGUAGUUUUCAGCUCUCAAAAACAUAUUUUCAAGCUCCAAAACAAAAAUUAGCUUCCUACUUUUUUUUUGUAUUACAAAGAAAAUUGUAGAACUUUGAAGAUAAACAUUUCACUUAUUACAUUAAUAAUGGCGUUGAAUAUGCUUGGAAAGCCUCUGUACAAGGUUUCAACUGUUUUCAGGGCAUUAAUUUUCAGUUUUUGAGACUAUCUUAAGUACCUAAACAUAGAAAGAAGAAUACAAAUAUUUGCUUGGAAUCAAUAUUUGAUCCUUAAAAAUACCCUUUUCCCUUUUUAUUGGCUUUGUCUAUUUAUUAGAUUUGUAAUUAUAUUAAUUUAAAACCUGUUAAUACAAGUCUUAAUUAAAAUUUUUGCAGUUGUCCGCCAAGAACAUUUUUACCUGCACUGUGCCGUAUUUUUCUUGAUGAAUGUGCCCCAGACAAUGUAUUAGAAGUGACCGCCCGUGCUAUUACUUACUACCUUGAUGUUUCGGCUGAGUGCACCAGAAGAAUUGUUGCUGUUGAAGGGGCAAUAAAGGCCCUCUGCAACCGGCUUGUAGUUGCUGAGAUGUCAUCUCGAACAAGCAAAGACUUGGCUGAGCAGUGCAUCAAAGUGAGUAGUGUUAAUAAAACAUUCAGUGUGCUCAAAUACCAGUCUCAUUACAUUCAUACAUGUUGAUUUCUCAAAUAUAUAUUAUUAUGCAUAUUAAAUUGAAGAAGAACAAAAUAACUUCAUAACCAAUUUCUUACCCCUCACAUAUCUUUACAUAUAUAUGCAUACCAAUGUUUACAUUUUGCCAGCUAAAGAAACUAUAAAGAAUUUUGAUUUUAGUUCACCUAUGGGAUUGUGGGAUGGCUUAAAUGUUUUUAUAUUCCUAUUUUGGUUUUAAUCUCCUAAAUUAUAAUUGCCCUAAGGAGGUUUUGAAUAUUUUGGAAUGUAUCUCCUCUAUAAUGGAUUGAUUGAGGGAAGAUGUUACAUGUCACUUGGUUAAAGCAGUCAACAACAGCGAACUAUAUGAUCACUUUAGCCUCACAAAAUUGGGUCGUUGACUCUUUUAACACCCAUUUUUUCAGCAUUUAUUUAAGUCGGGGUCACCUCAGAAUUUGGCUAUUAUAAGGCGCUGGACAGGCCGUAACAUAUACAUUUUCUCAAGCUCAAGUUUAAUAUUUAUAAUGUGAAUCAAAACUAUAUGUUCUUGCUAGAAUGCUGGGUGUAUACAUAUGAUAUUUAAAGAAGAGUUGUUUUAUAUAUGGCUAUUAAACAGUGGUUCAAUAUAAAAGUAAAUCCAUCAUAAAGUAAGUGCUUGUAAAAUGUUAUCUUUUUACAAUUUGUUAAAAUUCCAUAUAGGUUCUGGAACUUAUAUGCACAAGGGAAUCUGGGGCAGUUUUUGAAGCCGGCGGUCUCAACUGUGUGUUGACAUUUAUUAGAGAACAUGGCUCACAGGUAUUUUCUUUCUCUGUGUUAUACUACAUUCUUUUUAUAAAAUGGAGAAACUCCAAAACUUACAUAUGUAUUUGACAGCUGUUUUUAAUGGGUUUCUUUUCUAAAUGAGAGAAAAAUCCCAAUAUCAACCCUUGUGGGUAUAUUGCAUUGUACAAUUAAGUUCCAUGUAAGUGUCAUUAACUAUUCUUUUGUCAUUACGUAUGAUGGGAAUUCCCAGAGCUGUUUGUAAAGAAUAAAUAGUAACAUAAUAAUAGACCAAUAUAAGACAAUACUUAGUUAAUUGAUUCAUGUAGAUAAGCUUCAAAUAAGAUUUUUAAAGGGUACUGGGUGUUGCAUUUCUGUUUUUAUAAUUUAUUUAAAUUUUUAAUUUGUCAGGUCCAUAAAGAUACACUUCACUCCUCUAUGACUGUUGUGUCAAGACUAUGUGGCAAAAUGGAACCUCAGGAUGCAUCACUGGAGACUUGCAUAGAAUCCUUGUCAACACUGCUUGACCACGAUGAUUCUUUUGUAAAUAUUCUACUAUUUAUUUAUUACUUUUUGUGUGGUAAUUUGUGAAAUGUUAAUUUUUUUUAUAACUGAAUGAGACACAUUUUUAAUGAAAAUUAAAUAUUUUAUAGCAUUUACCCAUAUGGAAUGCAAAUUGACAGCAUAAGAGAUUCCUGCAAAUGCUACUAAUUGGAUAACAAUGCACAUUCACAUAAUAUAAACUGAAAUAAAUCUUCGUACUGUAAGGUUACUUUGAAAUGGCUACAGAAAUUAAGAUUGGGGUAAUUAAUAUUCCUGCUACGCUUCUUUAUUUAAGGUUGCAGACGGGGCUUUGCGUUGCUUUGCCUCCCUAGCAGAUCGCUACACAAGAAGGUCACUGGAUCCUGCUCCGCUAGCACGUCAUGGACUUAUACAAGAUCUUCUAUCCAGGCUCCAACGUGUCGGUGAAGGCAUUCACAAUCAAUCAACUACAUCCACUCCAGGAAAAAAUGCAAUUACUGGAGAAGGGAAAACAAAUCCCAGUGUGUCAACAGUUAUCAGUUUGUUAUCAACACUGUGCCGUGGCUCUCCAGGGAUUACACAUGCCUUGUUGCGCUCCAGAUUGCCAGAGGCCAUAGAAAGUGGACUUCGUGGAGAUGAAAGGUUGGUCAUUUUAUUUUAUUUCUGUACACAUUUUUUCCCUCUUGAAGAAAUAUGAUAAUGUUUAAUCUCAACUGAUAACACGUUAAAAAAGAAAUCGACCCAGUUGCUCAAUUUUAUAUAAAUUUCUAAGUUUUUCAUAUCUAUUUACUUGGCAUCCUUUUAAUUAAAAGUUUUAUGUAUACAAUUAUUGGGUGUUCCACAUAUUAAGCCCCUUUUUUCCUUUCUUUCCUUGUAGGUGCUGUCUUGACACAAUGAGAUUUGUGGACCUUCUCCUUGUCCUCUUAUUUGAAGGUCGUCAAGCACUCCCCAAGUCUGGAGUGGCGACGAUUACCAGUAGACUUCCAGGACUACGCAGAACUGACAGUUCCAGUGACCGAUCACACAGACAGCUUAUAGAUUGCAUACGCAGCAAAGAUACAGAUGCACUAAUAGAUGCUGUAGACAAUGGUAUAUGGUUACCAAUGUUUUGAGAAUAAUUUAAGCAACUUUAGGCUUACUUCAAUAACAACAAUUUUUUUAUUACUAUUUCAUUUUAUAAUAAGUAGGCAAGCUAGCUAAGUGCUAUAGCAUUGCUGGCAAUAAUUUGUAAAUUAAUAUUUUUUGUUUUUCUGGCCUUAGGAUUUGAAGUUAACUUCAUGGAUGAUGUUGGACAAACUCUACUUAACUGGGCCUCUGCCUUUGGUACUCAGGAAAUGGUAGGACCUUAAAUUUUUUUAAUCCAAAUGCACAAUUUUCUUAUAAUAUAAUUAUUUCAGCCUGUAUAAGAAAUGUUUCAAGUUAAAAAAAACAAAUUUACACGCCAAGUUAUAAAUAAUUUUUUAAAUUCUUUUAUCUUGUAGGUUGAAUUUUUAUGUGAACGAGGUGCAGAUGUUAACAGAGGACUCAGAUCAUCUUCUCUUCACUAUGCUGCCUGCUUUGGCCGUCCACAGAUUGUUAAAGUAAACUAAAUAAUAAUUUAUAUUCAUAAAAUGAUUUUACUUGACAAAAAAAUAAAAAUCAUUUAUUUAUGUUUACAUAGAAAAUAAUCUGUUCCUGUUUUUGUGCAGACUCUGCUCCGCUAUGGUGCCAAUCCUGACUUAAGAGAUGAAGACGCCAAGACGCCAUUAGACAAAGCUCGUGAGCGUGGUGAUGAAGGACAUAGAGAAGUCAUUGCAAUCCUGCAAUCCCCAGGUAAUUAAAUUUUAAUCAUUUAAUAUCAUUGUACCAUUUUUAGAGCUCAGCAAUGGUAGUUGGAAAUUUUAAAAAAAUUAUUUGUCGCUUAAAGCAGUAGAGAAAGUAUACUAACUAUAAUUUCAUGUUUUUUUUUUUUUUUUUUUUUUAGAUUUUUUUUGAAAGACCUCAAAGGUUUUGAAUUUUUUUAUUGUACCAUUUUUAGAGCUCAGCAAUGGUAGUUGGAAAUUUUAAAAAAAUUAUUUGUCGCUUAAAGCAGUAGAGAAAGUAUACUAACUAUAAUUUCAUGUUUUUUUUUUUUUUUUUUUUUGAGAUUUAUUUCGAAAGACCUCACAGGUUUUGAAUUUUUUGUGUCAUUGCACUGGAUUGUUUUGGGGUUUUUAAGAUCUAAUUAAAUUUUACAUAUUAAAAUAAUAUUCUUGUUGAUUACAGAAUUUUAAUCUCUUUACUUGUCCAAUUUAAAAUAUAACCACUUGAUGUAUUAUUGUUUGAAACCUUUAUUCCAUCUAGGAGAGUACAUGGUCCCAGUGAGCAGAGACCCACCAAUGUUAGCAUCAGUCCCUGGACCCUCCUCCUCAGGAGUACCCACAUCUGCUCCCGCUCCCAUGGAGACAACAGAAAGGGAAAAGAAAGAAGAUACUCAAGAUAUUGAAAAGGGAGAGUCCAGUGAGACAAAAGGUGAUCCUGAAGUAGCACCUAUCUAUGUUCGACACCUGCUUCCUGUGUUUACAGAGGUUUUCCAUGUAACCAUGUUAUCUUCUGUCAGGUAUGAAAACACAGAUACAUAUUUAAAUUUAAAAAAAAAUGUUCAUGAUAAAAAAUUUGGUACCAGUAUUUAAAAAAACUCUCUGUUCUGGAAUAUUUUGAUUAUAGUGAGGAAAUACGCACAAAUAAUUUCUGCUAUAUUUGGUAUGUCUUUAAUUUUGGAUAAAACUUAAAAGAGCUUCAAAAUUUGAUGGCAAAAUUUUAAGAAAAAUAUUGCGUUAUUUCAUUUAUUAUUAUCACUCUCAUAUUCUUCAUAGGAAAGCCAGUCUGUCAUUAAUCAGGAAGAUGUUGCACUAUGUGGAGUCAGAACUUCUUGCUGAAAUGACAGAACCUGAGUUUCCCUCCCCUAACUUUGCCUCCUCACUCACUGAAGUGCUUUCAAUAGUCUUGGAUGCAGAGGUUAGUUUGGAAGAUUGAAAAUAAAAAUUAUUUUGAGUGUUAAAUUUGUAUUUAAAAAAAAGUAAAAUAAUCAUUUUGAUAAAACAUGCAUUAUCAUGCUUUUAUGUAAACAAUCCUACUUUCUCAGGAGGAUGAUGAUGGUCACAUGAUAGUUCUGCAAAUCAUGCAAGAUCUUAUUCUGAAGUGCCAAGAUGUUUUCCUGGAGCAUUUUGCUCGUCUUGGUUUGUUUUCAAGGGUGCUGGCUCUUGCUGGACCACCAUUACAGGAAGAGGAAGGAGCUAAAGCAAAAGAAGAGAAGGUCUUUAAUUUAAUAAUGCAUGCUUAAAAAAAAUUAUUUGAUCUUAAAGCAAGUUUUCACCCAUUCUCACUGGUUGGAAAAGGAUGAGGUCAAUUCAUUUGGAAAAAGAUUCAAGGGUGUGAGUAGUAAUGUGGGGAUCGAUGAGAUCAAGUUGUAAAUUAAGAAGAAGCACAUUAAUUGAAGGCAAAUUGGACAAGUUUAUUGUUUUGUCAAUCAAGCUUUUACCAUUGACUUCUUAUUUCUUUACAAAUGAAAAUAAUCUUUUCAUUUGGUUAAAAUUAUACAGAUCUCAUCUGUGAGAAUGUCAAUAAGCCUUUUUAGAACAUAUUUUUUGUAUCUAUGAGAAUAGAUGCCUUAGCUUAUUGCAUUCUCAGGCUAGAUUUUUCACUGCUGGGUACAUCCUGGAUCCAUAAAGAUAUAAUGCCCCUUAGAUAUCCCUGAUCUAUAUCACACAAAAGUAAUUGUACUGACUCAAAUAACCAAUUUAGAAAAUUUAACUUUUUUGCCAUUGUCAUACAAUUUUUAAUGUAAAUGCAUGUUUGAACAGGAUGAAGAUGAGGUCAGCCUGACUGAUGCAACAGACAUAGUGUCUGGAAGACCUUAUCACUGGAAGGACUGGUACAUUGUUAGAGGAAGAGACUGCCUGUACUUGUGGAGUGAGGGAACUGCCUUAGAACUUAGUAAUGGCAGCAAUGGUUGGUUCAGGUUUAUCUUGGAUGGUAAAUUAGCCACCAUGUACUCCAGUGGCAGUCCAGAAGGAGGAUCUGAUAGUUCAGGUAAUUUUUAUAUGGUGAAGUAGCCAGCUGGGUCCAUAUCAGAUCAAAGUAUAAAUUAUUAUAAAAGGAAAGUCCACCCAAGAAUUAAUUUUUCUUUCUUAAUCAACAGAAAACAGAGGAGAAUUUUUAGACAAACUUCAGCGUGCUCGUAGCCAAAUUAAAGUGGGUACAUCUAGUCACCCAAUUCUUUCAAAAGCUGGUCCAACUAGGUUAGUAGUUGGAAACUGGACUCUUACCUGUAAGAAGGAUGGAGAGCUACAAAUUCAGAACACUGAUGGGCAACAGGUUGGUUUGAUUUAUUAAAGUUUUCUCUAACAAGGCUGAAUUCUUUGUUUUAAAGUUUAGAGAUCUUGUAUGUUGGUGAGGCCAAAUAUUAAAAAACAAUAAAUUCACAAACUAGUAAUUAAAAAAAAAAUUAAUGCAAGUUUUGGAUAGGGCAGUCAGUUGAUUUUUAUUCCAUGCCAAGUUGACUUCAGACUUUGGGGAUUGAGUUUCUUUUUUACUUACCCAAGAAAAGCAGCCAUCCUCCGCCGAAGAGUCCCAUCCACCCAGUUAUUUGUGCAUAGCUCGGAGGAAUCCCAGAUUAAUUUGCAUACGAUUUUUCUGAUACAGUAACAUUGGGCUGUAGGUCCUUCUUUGAUUAAAUGUUUUUAAAAUUAUAUACUGAAGAAAUUAUACCAAUUUUAAUUCAUAUAAUAAUCUAUAGGUAGCAUAAUUUCAUUUUGCCAAAUAUCAAAGAUAAAUUAAAAAUUACAUAAAGUACAUUUCCUUGAAAGUUAACUGAAGGCUUAAGAAUUUUUUCGCUAUUAGGCAACCAUCUUAAGAGAAGACCUGAUGGGCUUUGUGUUUGAAUCUAAUCGAGGCACAAAGCAUUCAUUUACUGCUGAAACUACACUUGGUCAAGAGUUUGCUGUUGGAUGGGGUGGUAAAAAGAGCCGUAAACUCAAAUCUAAGAAUGCAAUGCGUGAUAAGGUAAGGUUUAAAUUUUGUAGGAUAUUUUAUAUAAAAAUUAAUUUUUAUGUACAUAUUUAUUGGGUGAUGUUGUUUGAUAUUUUUCCAUGACACUUUUUUUUUUUUUUGUUCUGUAAAUCCUAAUUUCUUUUAUGUUCAUUAACUUCAACUAAUUUCACGUUUUUAAUCUUUUAAGCUUAAUGAAUUUUUCAUCAUCUUUACAGGUCCGCACAACUGCUCGGGAACUCUAUGAAGAGCAUUUUAAAGCAGCUGAGGCUAAACCUAGAGGAGUUGUGUCAAAAUUGUAUGGCAUUGUACAGCAGCUGGAAUCUGCUUUUGCACGUCAACUUAGUCAGAUCAAAGUAAGUAAAUUUAUAUUUGAUUUUAUAUUAAAAUUUAUUAUGUUAUUGUUUGUAUUUUUAAACUUGUGGGUUGCACUCAUACCUCUAAGUUGUUAAAUGUGACCUUCAGAUUAAUUUUGGUCAUUGUUUUCCCACUUGUUAAAAAAGGUCACAUGUAACUCUUUACCUCAAAUUGCUGAGAGCAGUAGUGAUGUUAUCUACUGUGUCUCAAAGCUGCUUUUAGUGCUAAGCUGAUGUGUAAUUACUACACCAUUAGAUUGAAACCAAUCAUUUAUUUUUAAAAGACGUGCGGUUUGCAAUAUGUUUAUGUUUGAAAUAGGUUGUUGGGACCCUCAAGCUAUCAAAACUGUUCUUUGAUAUGACCCCUGACCAACUUGGUGAUGUUAAAUAAUUAAUAUUUAUACCAUGUUUAUGUUUCUAGAAGAGAAAAAACAAUUGAUAUGGAUGUCAAUUAAAAUGACAUUUUCACCAAAUCUAUUUUUGUCAUAAUAUAAUUGUUAGCCUUCAAGUGAUGGAAUAUCUUGGUGCCAGGAGAUGUGUAGUGCCUUAGAGGAGCUGGUAGUUCUUCUGAAAGAUGAACACACUAUAUCCUCCUUUGAACUAUAUAACAGUGGUCUAGUUCAGACUCUUCUUAGUAUUCUUAGUAAUGUAAGUAGAUAUUAUAUUAAGCAUACUUAAGUAACAUUAAAAUAGUUUAGUUUGAAUGGAAAAAUUAAAGGACAGAAAUUUAUCAUAUUUGCCAGCGUAUAGGAUACUGUUUUCCCCUCAAAAUACACCUGAAAUAUGGGGUGCGUAUGUGUCGGUAAUCAUUAUUUGAGUUGAAAUUUUUAUAUAUAACGGCUUUGUCCUAUGCAGAAAAUACAGUAAUAUUUAAUUAACUAGUGAGGAUGUAGAUAUUGGCUUUCACAUCAUAAUGCUUACUGGGACUUUUUUUUUUUUAGAUUUAAAAAAUGAUUAUUUGUUUCUUGAAUUAAUAACUCAUGUUAGUGUGAUCAAGUUUUAUUAUUUGGUUUUGCAAAACAAAACUUGUUUCACAUUUGAAACUUGCUAGCUUUUUAUAACUGAAACGUGGCACAUACACUUGUUGCCAAUGACUACACAUUCUAUCAAAGUUUUCAGCCCCAUCCCCAACCCCCGAAAAUCAGUUUUUCAAGGGGAGAGGAAUAUUAAUCAUUUGUUAAAUGAUUGCGUAUUUUGGUGUGGAGAUUAAUUAUGUAGUUCAAAAUGUAUUUUUGAAUGGGAAAAUGAAGGAAAUAUGAAACAUGUUUUUGCCAGAAGUUUACCCAUUUACAUAACUGCUUCUUAAUAAAUGAUAAAUCCCGCACAUUUACAUAAAUGCAAAAAAAAAAAGGCAUAUAAAGGAUUUUGGUGUAAAAACAUAGUUUUUUUGGGGUUGUUUAUUUUAAAAAAUGAUGGUUAAGAAGAAAUUCAUCAAUCUCAUUCUGCGUAUUAUAGCCAUACAUUAACUCUAACAUGAUCUUUCAAAAGUAAUUUAUCUUCUAACAAAUCUUUGCUGUGAAUAAUGAGUGAAUCUUAAAACUAAUUUUAUUUUUCCACUUAUUUUAUUUAGUCAUCUGAAGAAUGCUCUGCAAAGGAAUCAAAAAAGCAAAUGAGGAGUCGCAUUCAUAUUUUCAAAAGUGUUUUUCAUGACCAUGAGAGGGAAAAGUAA